UUGUGCCAAUACGUGUUUACAAAUUAUUGGUUACGCUCUUGGCUCAACUUAAGUUGACAAGACAUGAGUAAGAGAAGCCAGUGUUGAUUUUCGUUCGUUUAGUAUGGGAAAUAAUCUUGAAUGGAGCAAAAGUAUUAAAAUCGUAUAUUCUGAAUUUUUCUUUGUGCGGAAAAUCAUGAGCAACGAAGUCUAUGAAGCGAGCAACAAUAAUGAUUUCGAACAAAUAGAUCAGCAUGGCAAAGUCGACUUAAAGAGUCUACGAAAAAAGUUCAAUUGGGAGAACAGAGAUGAGCGAUACGAUUUUCUUGAACAAUUCUACGAUUUGAUCGGUGUUUGGAAUAGCGAUGAAUAUCCAGAUUUCCGUGAUAUUUUUCGGACGGAAGAAAUUAAUUGGCUCUUUACAGAGGAUGUACACAUCGUCAACUUAAGCCAUGAAAACGAUGGCUCUAUCAUCAAGUUUGCGAUCAAAACAGGCUACAAGGACGAGCCCGAUGUUGGUAAAGACGGCAAGCCAUCGUUACUUCGCACCACAGCAGUGCAUCAUGCGGCUCAAUACAAGCUCGGUGACUGGGAUGAUGUGGUCAAUGAGCUUUUUAAAAUAUACGACAGAUUCGACGUGAAUUACACAGACGAGUCUGGCCUCACACAUUUUCAUGUGGCUUGCAUGGUUAACUGCAAAAAUGUCGUCGAAAAAUUUCUCGAGCUUGGCCAGGAUCCUAAUUGUCUGUGGCAAAAAACUGGUGAUUCGCCGCUACACUUGGCUCUGAACAAUACCUGCCCCGAGGUGGUCGAGUUACUGCUGAAACACGGCGCCGAUCCGAAUUUGGCUAACAACGACGGAUCUACAUCUGUACACAUUUUUAAGAUGAACUGGGACGGUGCCAUGGCGAAGAUGUUAUUUGAGUUUAGCAACGACAAAUAUCAUCCGAUACAGAUCGACGCUCUGGACAAGAAGGGUCGGACACCACUGCAAUUGGCCGUGGCGAAUAUCGUGCCGGAUAUGAUCUGUUUUCUGUUGGAUCAUGGUGCCAAUCUGUCUAAUUUCAUUUUUCCUAAAGAGAGUGACUUCGUUGAUGAGUUUAAAAUGUAUGGGACCGGAUCGGAUUGGCGUCAUUUUCUAAAAGAGUUAACAUCCGACAUGUUUGACACGAUCCAGUGCCUACAGAAAAUAGGAUAUGAAUUUGACCAGAGUGACGUCUUAACAAUAAUGAAAAUAUUCGCCAAGUAUGAAUUGUUCAAGAAGUCAGAAAAUGUCGAUGAACGUUUGAGCAAGGACGAACAGUUCGUUAAGUGGGCAAAAAAUGUGAUACUGAGUUCGAGUCUUUCGUUUUACGACUUGAUGCAAUUGCGACCAGAAAGAGCAGAGAAAUUAUUCACGCUUCAGGACUAUUUAAAGGUCAGAUCAAGUGGUAGACAUCAGAUUUUUGGUUCAGAGCUUUGGCAGGCGUGUACUACGCAUUUGAGUGAGAUACAGUUCAGAAGAUUUUUCCGGCGCUGGACGCUAGAAUUUUUUUUGACACUGACUCACUGCCAACUGCCAAUUCUCUGCUGUGAAAUAAUCAUGGGAAAGCUGAUGAACGAAGACUUGUGGCGUAUUUGUUUGGCGGCUACAGGUCAAAGCUUGGAAUAGCUUUUUCAUUUUCGAAUUUAGAUAAUGCAAAAAAGUGAAAAUAUCUACUACAA